AUCAUCAUCAGCCUAUUAAUGUACCCACUGCUGGGGCACAGGCCUUCCCUAUGGAUGGAAUAGGGAGAUUGGGCCAUGACCCACCACGCAGGCCCAGUGCGGAUUGGUGGGUGCUAACGACUACAGAUGCAGCCGGGACCAACGGCUUAACGUGCCUUCAGAAGCACGGAGGGGCUCGAGAUAGUAAAUUUUUGGUCACACAUCCAAUGAUAGACCUCUGCGAAAGUUACAGAAACCCGCAGAGAAUUGUCGGAGGCUCAGUUACGACCAUCAAUAACUACCCUGAGAUAGUCUCCUUGAAGUUCUCCUGGUCCGGCACAGGCCACCGCCAAGCUUGUGGAGGAACACUUAUAAACAAUAGAUCAGUCCUCACUGCUGCUCACUGUACUAUUGGUGAUCCACCUCAAUUAUGGCAAAGCCGUUUGGGAUCCACAAACGCUAAUUCCGGAGGUGUAGUUCGUAAUUCUGCCUUGAUCAUAAAUCACCCGAACUACAAUAGAGCCACUCUAGAUAACGAUAUAGCUAUCAUCCGUCUGGCUAGCACCGUUGGUUUCACAAACGUUAUCCAACCUGGAAGCAUUGCUGGCAGUAACUACAACCUUGGAGAUAAUCAAGUAGUUUGGGCUGCUGGCUGGGGAGCUACUUCUCAAGGAGGUCUUUCAUCUGAGCAAUUAAGACACGUGCAAAUAUGGACCAUUAACCAGGCCGUCUGCAGAUCUCGUUAUGCCGCGGUUGGCAAUACUGUUACCGACAACAUGUUGUGCUCUGGCUGGCUUGACGUUGGCGGUCGCGACCAGUGCCAGGGUGACUCUGGUGGCCCGCUAUACCACAACAGAGUCGUCGUUGGCGUCUGCUCCUGGGGUCGAGGCUGUGCUAAUCCUAACUUCCCUGGUGUCAAUGCUCGUGUAUCCCGUUAUACUAGCUGGAUUCAGAACAAUGCAUAA